AUGAACUCCUCCAGCAACUCUAGCUUGGACUCCACCUCCCCGGAUUCGGGCCGCCUGAUUUCGAGCACCGUCCUGGGGUUGUGCUGUGCGCUGGGCCUCCCUGGUAACAUAGGUGUCCUGGUGGUCAUCCUGCACCGCUCGUUCAGACGCCCCAACUUCACCCUGUGCCUCAUGCUGAACCUGGCUUCCUCCGACAUCCUGUGCCUUGCCACGGUGCCCGUGUGGAUCUAUACUCUCCUGCAAGGAUGGACUCUGGGCCGUGCUGCAUGCAAGUUAGCCACCUUCCUGCUCUACCUCAGCCUGUAUGCUAACGUGCUAACGGUUACUCUACUCGGUGUCCAGCGCUACCUCCAGGUCCUCUACCCGCAGAUGUGGAACAGGCUGGGGCGCAAGGGGGAGGCGGUGCUGCUCCUGGCCCUGUGGGGGCUCGCCUGUGCCCUGACUGCCCCCGCAGUUGCCACUCGCGAUGUGCGCGAUGGCGAGCUAGAGUGCCAGCGACACACGGGCUCCGAUGCUGAAAGAGUUGCUGUCCUCGUCUUGGAGACCCUUUUAGGGUUUGUAAUUCCGUUCUCUGUGCUGGUCACGUCCUACUGCCGCCUCCACCGGCGGGUGAACCAGACGGCGCUGUUCAGCAGUGCCAAGAUGACGCGGCUGGUCACCAGUGUGGUGGUCGCCUUCUUCAUCCUCUGGAUCCCUGUGCACAUUGUCAAUGUGGUGGACAUCGCCGGCAUUGUGCUGCAGACUUCCUGGCCAGAGGCAUCGGCAGCGCUGCUGAGACACAGAAGCGCGGCAGUGCGUAUCGUCCGGAGCUUUACGUUUUUUAACAGCUGCCUGGACCCCUUCCUGUACGCCUUCGCCUCACGGAGGAUCCGUGAGCAGCCCAAGUCGUCGUCGAGGAGCGAAAGCAGGAUGCAGGUCACAAAUAUCUGA